UGGGCGGUACCACGGCGGCUGCGACAUGGGGGGGCGCGGAUCAGACGCCGGAAGUAGAGGUGGUACGGGUCCCACAGAGGGGUACUCAUCGCCGGCCGCUUCCACCGGAGCCGCGGUGAGAGCCAAGGCCCGAGGGUGUGGGCGUGGCGGCCGCCGGAACACAACACCCUCUGUUUUCUCUCUUCGCGGAGCUGCGCCGCGUCGCUCGCCUCCAUCAGCUAACAUGAGCGAGCGCCUCCGCCCCAGGAAAAGGAGAAGGAAUGGCAGUGAAGAAGACCACCAUCUCCCCCCACAGACCAAAAGGAGUAGCAGGAACCCUGUCUUUCACGAUUCCUGGGACACAGAGUCUUCAAGCAGUGACAGUGGCGGCAGCAGCGGCAGCGGCAGCAGCAUCAACAGCCCGGACCGGGCCAGCGCGCCGGAGAGCGGCUCAAGCCACCCCACCGCCCGGUCCAGCCCCCACGGCCCGCAGCCCGCGCCCGUGCCGUCCGCGCUGUGCCAGAGCCCGUACUUCCACAUCAACCAGACCCUGAAGGAGGCCCACUUUCACAGCCUGCAGCACCGAGGACGGCCUCCCACAUGACGUGCCGCGCUUUCUUGCCUUCUGUGAAGGGACCGCGCUGCGCAGAUUUGACAUUUCAACUUAACGAUGUUUGAAAAAAAUUGCACAAAAAGAUGCCUGUUGGCUUUUCAGUCUAUAUUUGAAAUAACAGGUUAACAGGCCGUUGUUUACUUGUGGUUUUGCUGCACUAUUGCGAUUUCAAAGGGGCUUUGAAGCAGUUUUUUAUAGGAUUCUUUCGAGGGUGGGUAUGAAAUCCAGGGCAAGUCAACAGCAGGAGGAAAUCUCAUCUGCGUGUUGAAUCCAUAGUUUGUCCAAGUCAGACUGAUUUCCAGAUCUGUCACUUAGAAAUUCUACUUUCUGUAAAAAGGCCUUUUCAUUUUGCGGGAUCUUCAAUUUUUUAAAUUCAAUAAACUAGUAAAGAGUAUCUACUUUCCAUGAAAAAACCUAAGUUUUUUUCCAAAACAUAGAAAGCUUGAUUCAGUCUUGCACUGAAAUUGCCAUGCUACCUCUUAGUAUGUAGGUGUCCUGUUGAAAGUACUCUGUCCUCUGUGACAGGAGAACCACCAGAUUGCAGUCAGACUGUAUGAUAAAGUCAGCACCUGCCCUGAUAACCGUCCUCUCUCUGUUAUAUAUUUGUAUUUCCAGAGAGAAGGUCUCUCAGACCCUUGGAUCCCCAGAUAAACUUGUUACCGUUAUUCCUCCAGAGCCUACAUCUCAGACUUAGAAAACACUGCUCAGUUCGGACAGUCAAGGAAUACGUAAAUGACUUUGUCUUAUUCACAGACUUGUCCAGCAGCAGCCUGUGUGUGCUCUCUGAUAAUCCCGCCUUGUAGUGUCGAGAAUUAAGGCGCUGGUGAAGGCUGACACAGUGUAAGCUCUCUGAACUGGUGUCUGAAGUCACAAGUGUUGUGAAACUAUUGGACAAGGAUUCACUUUAUGCUUAAAGUAACCCCCAACGGGAACCAGGGGGCCCCAUUCCACCACGGCAACUGGAAAGACUGGUGUGGCUUAGAAAUGAAUGAGCAGAGGCACUUCUAAAAGAAAUAAUGCAGGAGUAUUUAUUUAGAGAGACGGAUUGUCCUGUGUCACUUGGUCAUACUAGAGAGCCACCCUAGUUUGAACAGUGAGGGCGCAGACGAGUCUUCCUCCUCGGCGACAAGCUGUCUGAACAAGGAGCCGGCGUGCGUCAGGUCAUCUGCUCGGGAGAGUGCCGGGGGGACAGCAGCCUGCCGCUGUACGUAGAGGAAAGUGCCUUAGCGUCCACUGGACCCCCGGCCUGCUCGCCCUCCACUCCGCUUGGGGUCCACACGGCACACACAGCACAUCUGAGAAGCACGGACAGCUCUAGAAGGGGACUCUGCUCUUAGACCAGAUUGGGGAAGGACACGGGAGACCGAGAUUCUAGCACGUGACGGAAGUAAAAUCUGAAGCUGAGGACUGUAGGAAGAGGGCAAACGUGUACCUUCUCUCCACGGUUUGUUCCUCUCAUGCGGGUAGAGCUGAAAGGUCAGUUACUUGAAGCAGAAACCGAGUGUUGUGAGGGAAAGGCACAGCACAGGCCUGGGCUUACAGAGUGGGAGGCUUGUGCAAAAACUUUUUUUUCCCACUACCAUCUCCCAAGUUUUAAAACCAGAUGUUUGACGGAGGAUUUUGGAUCUUACUGGGUUUGAUGGCAGGGAAUAUGGAAAGGAUACCUGGCGAAUAUUUUGUCUAAUCAGAAAGCAAACAAGGAUUAAAUGCUGGAAGGAGGCAAGCUGUUGGAGCUCUCAGACACAUGCGUACACAACACACUUCAGAAAUACCCAGGAGGACUCCCGCAGGCUUAACGGAUGGCAGCCUACUGAAACAAAACGUGUGUUAACAAGAACAUGUAAACUUGAGAAAGCGCAUUUCCUUGUACUUCCCACCCGACUAAAAGAAAUGAGAGGUGAAACCAUCACUGGAACAAAGCAAUUGUUUUUCCAAAUAAGUACAGUCGUAGUGCAGGGUUAGCAGUUAACUCUCUUACCCUAUUCAACACAAGCAGCGUUCUCCAUCCCGUCCUGCAUAUUUGCUACAGCCUUGGCAGCCUGAGAUACAUUUCUAUUAUGAGGCUAGUUGAUAGUGUCAGUGGGCAUCUCCUAAAACCUCUUAUUAGCUCAAGCGAGUAACACCGUGUACUUCUAUAUUGCGCCGCCAUUAAAAGCAGCACUAGUGCA